AUGGCCUUCUCAUCUGCAGUCUCCAUCUCCAUCAACACUCCUGUCCUGAUUGAGCAGCACCUCAACUGUACCAUCUGUCUGGGCCUGUUUAAGGACCCGGUCACCACCCCCUGUGGCCACACCUUCUGCCAGACCUGCCUGGAAUGCAAUCUCCACUUCAAUGACCUCAUAUGCCCCGUCUGCAAGGAGCAUCUAAGGAGGAACCCACAGGUGAACAUCAUCCUCAGUACUCUCAUUCAGGAGUUGAAGAAGGCCCAGGAGAGGAAGCCAGGGGAGUAUUCUGGAGCUCCAGGUGAGGUGGCCUGUGACGUCUGCACUGAGAGGAAGCUUAAGGCCCAAAAGUCCUGUCUGGUGUGUCUGGCCUCAUACUGCGAGACUCACCUGGGCCCCCACACCUCAGCAGGCAGGCUGAAGGGCCACAGGCUGGUGGCCCCUGUGAAGGACCUGGAUGGGAGGGCGUGUCUGACCCACGGUCGUCCCCUGGAGCUGUACAGCAGGGCAGAAGGGCGCUGUGUCUGUGCCCUCUGCGUGGAGGAGGGUCACGAGGUCAUCUCGGUGGAAAUGGAGUGGGACAGGAAGAAGGGUAACCUGGGGAGCACCAAGGCUGAUAUGCAGGAGAGAAUCCUGGAGAGGGAGAGAAAGGUGGAGGAGAUCAGGGUGUCUGUGGAGCAGUGCAAGGCCCACGUGGACAGGGAGAGGAGGGAGAUUGACUCUGUGUUCAAAGCAGUGAUAGCAGCUGUAGAGGAGACCCAUCUAGAUGCUCUCAGGCCCAUGGAGGAGAGGCAGCAGGAGGUGGAGAGAGAGGCAAGAGAACUCACCCAGGAGCUGAAGAGAGAGAUCAGAGAACUGAAAGAAACCAUUGGUAAAUUGGAGGAUGUUGCUGACCUCAAGGAUCACAUUCACUUCCUGCAGACCUUCCCAUCCCUGUCGGGGCUGUGUGAUGGCAGAGACUGGACUGAGGCCUCCAUUGAUACUACACUCUCCUUUGGCACCAUGAGAAGCAGCUGGUCGACCAUGACGGAGAGAAUCAAGCACGAGCUGGAGAAGCUCUCCUCAGUUGAACUUGAGAGGAUCCUGAAGUUUGCAGUUGAUGUGACAUUGGACCCGGACACAGCAAACACACAGCUGAUUCUAUCUGAGGACGGGAAAGAAGUGAGAGACGGAGGGAAGAUACAGGACCUCCCUGACUGUCCACAUCGCUUCGAUCACUUCGGCAGCGUCCUAGGACACAACAAGCUAACCUCUGGGAGAUCAUACUGGGAGGUGGAUGUCGGGAACAAGACGGGUUGGGAUCUGGGAAUUGCAAGAGGAGAUGCCAACAGGAAGGGGAAGCUCUCUGUGAAUCCUACUAACGGUUACUGGGCUAUAGUGAAUUAUAAUGGUGCCAAAUACGGAGCCUUGGGGGACCCGCCUUUUCUGUUGUCACUGAGAGAAAAGCCCCAGAAGGUGGGGGUGUUUGUGGAUUAUGAGGAGGGGUUGGUGUCUUUUUAUGAUGUGGAGGCUAAGGCUCACAUACAUUCUUUCACUGGGUAUUCCUUUAUUGGGGAAAUAUAUCCAUAUCUCAGCCCACAUCUUCUGAAUGGGGAGGAGAACUCAGACCCACUGGUCAUCACCAAAACAGGGUGAUGUCACGCAUUGCUCAGCCUUAUAGGUGAAAGACAUUCACUUUAGGUUAGGAUUAGG